AUGGUUGGCAUGGUCAGUGGUGGUGCUUCUGGCCUUGGUCGUGCCACUGUAGAGCGGCUAGUUAAACAAGGAGCGAGUGCGGUCAUCCUAGAUCUACCCAGCUCUGAAGGAGCCAACGUAGCCAAGGAGAUUGGAGAACAUUGUGUGUUUGCACCUGCUGAUGUGACCUCUGAGAAUGAUGUACAAAAUGCCAUGGCACUGGCUAAGGAGAAGUUUGGACGGCUGGAUAUUGCAGUGAACUGUGCAGGAAUUGCAGUUGCAAUGAAAACUUACAAUAUGAAAAAAGACACUCCCCACAGCCUUGAAGAUUUCCAGAGAGUCAUCAGUGUAAACAUAGCUGGUACAUUUAAUGUUAUCAGACUUGCUGCUGGACUGAUGGGGAAAAAUGAACCAGAUACCGAUGGGCACAGAGGAGUAGUUGUUAACACUGCAAGUGUGGCUGCUUUUGAUGGACAGGUAGGCCAAGCAGCAUAUUCUGCUUCCAAAGGUGGGAUUGUUGGAAUGACGCUACCUAUUGCUCGUGAUCUAGCACCAGUGGGGAUUCGAGUUGUGACUAUUGCACCAGGACUGUUUGCAACCCCUCUUCUGGCAACUCUGCCUGAGAAAGUACAGACAUUUCUAGCACGCCAGGUGCCCUUCCCCAGUAGGUUGGGGAACCCUGAAGAGUAUGCACACCUUGUACAGACUAUCAUUGAGAACCCAAUGCUGAAUGGAGAGGUCAUUCGUCUUGAUGGUGCUAUCAGGAUGCAGCCUUAAUGCAGCAUGUUGGUUGUGAAAGGUUGAGCUACAUGUGUGGUAGAAACUUUUGAAUGUAGUAGUGCUUCCCAUGGGAAGCCUCAAAUUUAUUCACUGAUAGUAUUUUUUGUAAUUGAUGUUUUUCCUAUGUCUUAGAGUUUUGGGAUAUAAAACAGUACUUAAAAUGUUCCUUUCCCUCUCAGGCUUAUGAAGACCACAUGGCAUGAUUAUGUAUAUGGUAAUAGACAAGAGAUCCUUCUGAAAGAGAAAGAAAUGAUUUCUUAUACUGUUUUGAAGGUAGAAAUUUAAAGCUGUGUUUCAUUUUAAUUUAUUUGCUUUUCCUCUAUGGUAAAUGGCACAGUUGCUGCUCAGGCUGCAACAUCCAGUACUGAAGCACUUUGCAUUAUUUCCAUAUCUUCUAGUCAGUGAACAUCAAAUAAAAGAUUUUACUGUUUUUUCUAUGACUUUUUAAGUAAUAUUUCAUUACAGGAAAAAUAUGUGGAGUCCACUGUCUGAAAAACCCAUACUGUGAAUGUUUCAUUGACCUGUCACUCUUUAAUAAUGGUAGCUGUUAAACAAAAAUGAUUAAAUAGAAAAAUCAUUAAAAUCUUUACUUCCCA